AUGAGCGGCCAGACAUCCAGCUACUACAACCCUCCUCAGGGCUUUGGCGACCAGCCUCAGCAACAGCCGUACAACUACUAUCAAGGCCAACCGGCUCCCAACCAAUACAAUGGCAACUAUCAAGGGCCCGAACCCAAACCGCCGGGACCGCCACAGGGGCCGCCGCCGACUUACAACCAAGCCGUGUAUGGCUUCGACGAGGCCUUCAAAGUCGAGCGCCCCAAGUAUAAUGACAUCUGGGCUGGGCUCUUGCUCAUCGCAGUCUUCCUCGGCUACGUCGCCGUGUCGGGCGUGACGAUCCAUCGCUAUGCGCAAUACAAAGGCUUCAGCGGGGGUGGCAUCUACGACUCAUCCAACGACUUCUCCCUCAACACCAACACCCUCGUCCUCUUCAUCUUCGUUCUCUGCGUCGCCCUGGCCUUUUCCUACGCCUACUUCCUCGGCGCCCGCUACUUCUCCAAGCUCUUCAUCUGGGUCACCGGUAUCCUGAACAUCGUCUUUGCCCUCGGCACCGCCAUUUACUACCUCGUCCGCAAGCAAUACGGCGGUGGCAUUGUCUUCCUCAUCUUCGGCGUCUUCGCCAUCAUCUGCUUCAUCAGCUGGAUCCCCCGCAUCCCUUUCACAGCCUACAUGAUGGAAGUCUCCAUCGACAUCUCCCGUCGCUACGGCCACAUGUUCCUCGUCAGCACCAUCGGCGGCCUCGUCGCCGUCGCCUUCGCCGCCUGGUUCUCCGUGACCCUCGUGUCCAUCUAUGUCGCCUACGAGCCCGACAGUACCGGCACAAACCCCGCCUGUCGCUCCGGCGGCUGCAGCACCGCCCGCGUCAUCGGCCUGGUCAUCUACGUCACCUUCGCCAUGUACUGGUUCAGCGAAUGGAUCAAAAACACCGUCCACACCACCAUCGCCGGCAUUUACGGCUCCUGGUACUUCUUCUCCAAAUCCCCCCAGGGCAUGCCUCAGGGCGCCACCCGAGGCGCCUUCCGCCGCGCCACCACCUACUCCUUCGGCAGCAUCAGCUUCGGCUCGCUCAUCAUCGCCAUCAUCAACAUGCUCCGCCAGGCCUGCUCCGUCGCUCAGCGCCAGGAAGCCGCCCAGGGCAGUCUCCUGGGAAGCAUCAUGUUCUGGAUCCUCGGCUGCUUUAUCUCAAUGCUCGACUGGUUCGUCACGUUCUUCAACCGCUACGCAUUCUGCCAUAUCGCCCUCUACGGCAAAGCAUAUAUCCCGGCCGCGAAAGACACCUGGAAGAUGAUGAAAGAUCGCGGUGUAGAUGCCCUGGUCAACGAUUGUCUCGUGGGACCGGUAUUGACCAUGGGCUCGGUGUUCGUGUCGUACGUGUGUGCUCUGCUCGCGUAUUUGUAUUUGCAGUUCACGAACCCGGCGUAUAACCGGGAUGGGGAUUUCACGGCGGUUAUCAUGGCAUUUGCAUUUGUCAUUGGGCUGCAGAUUUGUCAGAUCUUUAUGACACCCGUGGGAAGUGGUAUUGAGACGUUGUUUGCAGCCAUGGCGUGGGAUCCUCAGGUCUUGGUGCAUGAUCAUCCCGAGAUGUAUUAUCGGUUGGUGCAGUUGUAUCCAAAGGUGCAGGAGGCGAUUCAUGCGUGAUUUUAUUACCAUAAUCGGUGUAAUCAAUGUGAAAUGGGCAGAUCAAGAUAUAGUAUAUUGUCAUAAUCAG